AUGAAAGCAGAAGAAACAGGCUUAGCUAUGGUGCACAUUGCCUGUGAAGCUGGUGUUUUGAGGCGGAAGGGUGAACACUACUUUAAUUAUCCAAUGACGGAAAAACUAAAGAAUUACAUAUUGCGUUUUCACAAUGAAUGUCGUCAUCGCAUUGCCGGUGGUGACGAAAUUAUCCUAAAAUCGAAAAAAAAAUUCCCGAUAGCUGCGCGUAUGCGGGAACUUAUAUGGGAUGACGAAUUAGCUUACGUAGCCCAUGCACUCGCUGAACGCUGCAACAUUGAGUCUAAAAAUGUUUGCCAGACUACACCACGUUUCCAAUUUCCUGGUCAAACCAAAGCAAGCAAAAUGACGAACACAGAAAUUAAAGCAAUGGGUUUCAUUCACGACGUGCUUAACGAGUUUGAAUCGCAGAGUCAGGAAAUUGACGAUCCCGUAACCCAAAUGCAUUUACACACUGACAAGUAUUCAAUAAAUUCUCAUCAAUUAGGGCUAAAACCAAGCAAUAUUUACACAUUGUUAUUAGAAAUGCAGUCGCGAGUGAUUUCAUAA